CUCUAUCCAUCCGUCGCGAAGAUCAGGGCUGUCCAUCCGACUUAGCCAUGGAUCUCAACGAUCUCAACAAGGUAUGGGAAAUCAAGGCCCUGAAGAAACCCGGGGAGGACGAGGCCCUGAAGAUCCUGCAGCGAAUAGCCAAACAGGUGCAGCCCAUCAUGAAGAAGCACAGAUGGACGGUCAAGAUCCUCUCCGAGUUCUGCCCUGCCAAUCCUUCGCUGCUGGGGCUAAACGUGAACGGGGGUGCGCAGGUUAAGCUGAGGCUUCGGAAGCAUAACAGAGAGUGGGAAUUCUUCCCGUACGAGCAGGUUCUCGAUACGAUGCUGCACGAGCUCUGCCACAACGUCCAUGGCCCCCACAACGCCCUUUUCUACAAGCUCUGGGACGAUAUCCGAAAGGAAUGUGACGAGUUGAUCGCGAAGGGAAUUACUGGUACCGGUCAGGGAUUCGAUACUCUCGGCAGACGUGUGGGCGGUUUUUCUCGUCAACCUCCACUGUCAUCUCUUCGGGAAUCUGCAUUAGCUGCUGCAGAGAAAAGGGCCCGGCUGGGAACUCUACUCCCAUCCGGACCAAAGCGCCUUGGUGGUGAUAGCAAUAUAAUGGCUGCACUUAGCCCCAUUCAAGCUGCUGCAAUGGCUGCAGAGAGGAGAAUGCAGGAUGAUCUGUGGUGUGGAUCUGUAUCUUCUGGCACUUCUAGUGCAGUAGAAAAUGAAACUGGCAUUCCUGGAGUGAUGACACCUAGGGGAUUGGCUGCAGGCUCAAAAGAUUCCAUUGUUGUUGUAAGUGAUACAGAUGUGAUAUGCCUGGAUGAUGACGGUGUAUGUUCCUCAAAGGUUGGCUCAGAUUCCAAGGAUGGAUCAAUGAGCUCUUCAACUUCUGGCUCCAUUCGUAGUCAUCGUGCAACAGAUGGUAUAGAGGAUAAAGCCAAUUGGGAAUGCAACAUGUGCACCCUAUUGAAUCAGUAUGCUGUUUACAUGGAGGCGGCAUUAGGCGUAUUAAGAGCGCGUUUCCCCAAAUUGGAAGCAGAUAAGAUAUUUUGGUGAAACCGAUAACCAGUAACCAUCAGUUCCACUUUGUUUGGGGUGGCGUGGAAAAAUGUAAAUCUUAUUAUGCAGAAUUCAGUUCUCUAGUGUUUCCUGCUUUCAAUGGAAGAAACCACAUGAAUCUGAAUUGAUAGACUCGAGACUCUAGUUUCUAGUUAAUGCAAAGAGAAAAUAGUUUGGUUCAUUCUGGGAGAAAAAUAGUUUGCAAUUUUUAGGAUAUGUACUGUUACUAGAAUUUCCAAAUAUCAUGAAAUGAUACUCGUGCAGAUAUGUAAGAGCUAAUAUGAAUGGGAAACAGUUCCAUUACACCAUUUUCAGUCUAAUAGUGGAUAUUGUAA